AUGAGUAAAAGUGGGAAGCACCAUUUGAAUACAAACCAUAUAUCUGCAGGAAUCCCCAGAACUGAUUUCUGGAAACUAGUUCAGGCAUCACAAAGAACUAUAAUUUUCUUCACAGAGCUGGUAAUUUGGGAAGGAGUUGACGCUUGGAAAUAUAACUACUCAGAUACAAAUUUGACAUGGGAAGAUGCCAGGAAAUACUGCCAAAAAUCCUUCACUGACCUAGUUGCAAUUCAGAACCAAGAAGAAGUUAAUCAUCUAAAUCAGAUAUUACCAAGAAAUCCAACAUACUACUGGAUUGGAAUAAGGAAGAUUGCUGGUGUUUGGACCUGGGUUGGAACAAAUAAAUCACUCGACAAGAAAGCAGAAAACUGGGCGGAAGGAGAACCAACUUCUGGGGGAGAGGAUUGUGUGGAAAUCUAUAUAAAGAGACAGAAAGAAGCAGGAAAAUGGAACAAUCAUAGCUGCAACAAACUGAAAGCAGCAAUUUGCUAUUUAGCCUCAUGCAAGCCUAACUCCUGUAAUCAUCGAGGAGAAUGUGUGGAAACUGUCGGAGAUUACAAAUGCCUUUGCGAUGAGGGGUUCUAUGGUUCGCAGUGUGAAUCGGUUAAGCAAUGUGCCUCUUUGAGUGCUCCUGUCCAAGCAAAAAUGCUGUGCAGCCACCCUCUGGGAAACUUCAGCUUCAACUCCACGUGUGACUUCCACUGCAUGGCAGGGUUCACACUGCAAGGGUCACAGAGUCUCCAGUGCACGGCGGCAGGACAAUGGACAGCAGAGACACCCAGCUGUGAAGGUAAAGGGUUAAGUACGAUCCAUCAUCACUGUAAAGUGUGGAAAUCUGGAGAUUCUCGAGAAAGGAUACAUGAACUGCUCUCACCCCUUCAGAGAUUUCGGUUACAAAUUUCAAUCAGAUUUCUUUUUGUUUCAGCUGUAAAGUGUGGAAAUCUGGAGAUUCUCGAGAAAGGAUACAUGAACUGCUCUCACCCCUUCAGAGAUUUCGGUUACAAGUCAGUGUGUACGUUUAGCUGUGAUAAAGGAUUUCAUCUCGGUGGAUUAGACAGCAUUCAGUGUGGAACAUCUGGACAAUGGAAUGGGCAGAAACCCACCUGUGAAGUUUAUAUUUUUGACAAAAUCUGGGAACCACAAAAGGCCACAGUAGCAACUGUGGGAACAGCAUUUGCACUGCUGCUUCUGUCAUUUGUAGUUUGGGGUAUUAUACAUCGUUAUAGAAAAGCAAAACAAGAGAAAAAUCCACUUGCAAGGUAA